AUGGCAAGUUCAGCAAGGCUCGCAGAGGCGCAGGAGUGCGAAAAACGCGCGGCUGAUUGCCUCAAAACUUCGAUGAUUAAGCUUAAGUUCAAACCGGACUUUGAUGGCGCUGCCACUGCAUUGGAAAGAGCAUCAGUCUGCUAUAGAAAUGCGAACGACAUUAAAAAUGCAGUUCGUGUUUUGCUAGAAGCUGCUCAGCACUACGAACAGAAUGGCAAUAUCUUCCAUGCUGCGAAGGCUCGUGAAGGAGCUGCUAUGUUGUCUCGCGAUUCUGGCGAUAGUGCUAGCGCCUAUACAUAUUUCGAACAAGCUAUCGAUGGUUAUGCAAUGGCCGGCAGUUUGGAUACUGCAGCUAUGACUGUUGAGAAGGCUGCUAAAGUGAUUGUCCAAGGGGAGCCUCUGAAAGCUAUUCAGUUGUUCGAAAAAGGCUUAGCCCUUGUGCAACAAUCAGAUCGGUCUAAGAUGGCUGGAGAGUUCUUGAAUCAAAUCACAAAGAUUAAUUUAAAACUAGAGCGGUAUAAUGAAGCUGCUAAAGCUAUUCGCGAAGAAAUUGAAAAAUAUGUUGAAGUCAAGGAGAGUCCACGUGUAGGACAGUUAGCUAUUGGAUUAAUAUUGACUCAGUUAGCAUUGGAGGAUUCUGUUGCUGCAACUAAAAGCUUCGGCUGGGUUCUGAGUGUUUGUCCUGACUUCGAAUUCACCGAUGAUGCCCGAGCUUGCCAGCAAAUGAUUUAUAACUAUGAAAAUGGAGAUGAUGAACAGUUCCAAAACGUUCUGAACUGUGGAUCGUUGAAAAGCAUGGAUAAUGAGUAUUUGCGCCUACAAAAGAAGCUCAAAGCUCCUCACAGUGAGACAGCAGAGAACGGAGGCAACGGUGAUGAGGAUGAGGAUGAUUUGCGAUAA